AUGGAGAUCUAUGGCCAACUUAAUAAUCUUCAUCAAGAAAUGACAGCUAUGGCACAACACAUGAUGGUUAACAUGUCGAACUUCAGAAGCAAAGAAGCUGAGACGGCUAACCUCAAAAACCAGCUAAAAGAUCUCCAGAGAUGCCUAGAGAGCAUGAUUCAUAAUCGAAAUCAAGCAAAUACAUACUUUAAUCCUCUUGGAAAUAUGCCUUCAGGAAUACCUAUGUAUCAAGGUUCCUACUCACCAUGA